AAGAAAAAAAGAAACAUUUGCAUGAGGGUGUUGAAUUAGCUACUUAUAGAUACUUAUUUCGUUUGCAACUAAACUAUGUCAGUAUUUCCGGAUUUGAGAGAGUUUGUCAACGAGCGACUAACUGUUGCAGCUGAUGAAAUAUUCGAAGUGUUUAAAAACGCAAUCGUGGAGUACGAGGAAGAGAUCCAACGUCAGCGCAGACUGUUGGAUAUCGUUUGGAAACCUGAAAUGAAGUUACACAGGAUAGAGCCCCCACAGCAACACGUCUUUCAGGAGGACGAGGUUCUCUUUGACCAGCAGCAGCUCUGUGUUCUGGUGAGGAACUCCAGUCUGGACCAAGAGGACCCAGAACCUCCGCAGAUUAAAGUGGAACAGGAGCAACUCUGCACCAGUGAGGAGGGAGAGCGGCUUGUACUGAAGCAGGAGACUGAUGACUUUAUGAUCCCCAUUAAUGAGGAAAGUGACCACAGUGACGAUGAUCACACUCUGAACUCUAACAGCGCUCAUGAAGCUGAGAGCCAAGAUCUGAUAAGAGACGAGCAUGGAGACUCUGGAUCAACCAGUGCAGAGCCAAAACAACAGAUUCAACAUCACAAAGGCCAAAUUGACAGUAACAAUGUAUUUAAUCCGAGUACGUCAACUAUUCACUGUAAUACUCACAAAGGUAGAAAGGUUUUCCCAUGUGACAUAUGUAGGAAAUCUUUUAAAUAUAAGGCAUAUAUGCAGAGACACAGGUUAAUACACUCGGAUGACAGGCCGUAUUCAUGUGAAGUAUGUGGGAAGGGUUUUAGAUAUAGGUCAUAUAUGCAGAGACACAGGAUGAUACACACAGAUGAGAAGCCGUAUUCAUGCGAAAUAUGUGGGACAUAUUUUCGAUCUAGCAGUCACUUGAUAGUCCACAUGAGGACGCACACAGGUGAGAGGCCGUACCUUUGCAAGACCUGCGGGAAAAGGUUCAGUGCAGUUUCAACAUUGAACACGCAUAAAUUAAUCCACACAGGUGAGAAGCCAUAUAUCUGUGAAACAUGUGGGAGGGCCUUUAGACUUAGUGAUCACUUGAGAGGCCACAUGAGAACCCACAUGGAUUAGAAGCCGUACCUUUGCAAGACCUGAGGCAAAAGAUUCAGUGACAUUUCAGUAUUUAAAAGACACAUGAGGAUUCACACAGGUG